CAACGCUUGGGCUAAAAGACCUUUCAGGGGAGAUAAUAUACCUAUUAAGGAAUACGAUGAUGAAGGAUAUUGUAGAGCCAAGGCAGAGAUUAAGGACAUCGAGAGACAGAUUAUCCUGUUGGAGGCGGAUCGUCCAAGUAUGGUCAAGAGCAACCCAAUGGACGUAGACAAUCAGAUACUACCUAUUGUGAACGAAGAUGACAUGUUAGUAUGUCAGAGAACUGGUCUGCUCUCAGAGACGCUCUUAGAAACAAACUUAAGGAUGCAAGGUGGGACAGCAUUAGCCUACGUACCAGUCCUCCCAAGAGCCGAAGCAUUUGACCCGUUGGACGAAGACGAGAAGAAGAUUCCUCCUAUCCAGUACACGGAAAAAAGCUUGUAUCUAAACAAGCCGUACGUCGUGAGGGUAAGAAGAACUCUCCAAGAUAUCGCUAACCUCCAAAACGCUAUUAAGCAAGGGGACUAUGCAACAGUUGGGGACUUUGCCUUCAUCAAAAACCAAACAAGACCUUCCCCCGGCCCUUGGUCCUCAGGCCGGGGGGAACCUGGGAACAUAAAGAAAGAUUACCAGGGGAGCCCAGCGAGGAUGACCGGAGGGAAUUGUCCCCUGUACCUAGUCCAAGAGGGUGUGGAGAGUCAUUUGAAUGAAGUCAUGAGGCCUCUAUAG